AUGGCAGGCAGAGGCUGCCUGGAGCUGGGGCUGUUCUGCUGGGUGCUGCUUGCUGUUCCUGUGGGUCCUCAGCCUGCUUCCUCUGCUCCAGGCGCCCCUCUCACCACUCUGACCCCACCACCUCAGAGUGAGGCCUCUUUGCUGUCUCUCAACCUGGGACUAAACUUCAAAUUCCAUCUUCGGGGACCUGCUGCUGUCUGGGGGAACCCUGUCACAGAGACCCAUCCUCUCUCUCCUGGGCUAGGCCAGGAGUCUGAGGAAGAGGUGGAAGGUGAUCUCAGGACUGAUCCCCUUUGGGAACUGCUGGUGGGUUCCCCUGGGAACUACCUCUCAGAAUGGGGCUCUGCUGAUGGCAGCUCUACACCCUGGGCCUCCUCCCUGCCUCCCGAGUCCACCUCUCCCCUCUCAGGGCCCACCAAGCGUCCCACUGUUCCCUCUCAGCCUAGGGUGGGCACUGUGACCUGGGCCACUGCUCUGACAGCUACAGCACCCCCAACCAGUGCUCCCAGGCUUCAUCAGAGUGAGCUGGAGCUGAAGUUUGGUGUGGCACUGAGAGCAGGUGCGGCCCCCACUCUUGGUCAUCGUUCACUGCCCCUGCUACCCAGCCUGAGAGCCAGCCUGGCAGAGAUUGCUGGGCGCCUGGGACCCUUUGGGUUCUUUGGUACCACUCUGUCCCCACUCCGGAACUUCUCAGGCCAGAGCUCCCCGGGAACAACAGCACAUCCAAGCUCUGCUUCGGACGUGUCAGAUUCUCCAGGGCUCUUUGGUACCAUUCGGUCCCUACCUCCACCUCUCCUGGAAAGAAAGUUCUCAAGCUCAAGCCUGCUGGACUCAGUGGCUUCCCCAAGCUCUGCCUCAAUUAAGACAACACCAACGGAACACGAACCCACUAUCUCCACUUCUGGUCCAUAUGAACCCUUUCCUGCCAGUUUCGGGAGUCCUUCAGUACAGCCUGAAUGCGAGCCGGAUUCUUGUAGUGAGUCAGAGUUGCCCGAUGACCUGGGGCAGCCUCCUGCCUCCCCACUGCCUCUCUUCUUCUUGACCCUGGAGGCCGACUGGGCAGAGGCCAAGGCUCGCUGGGGCCUGGCCUGGGAAGCCCACGUAUAUGGGGCAGGAGCACUCUUCGGCCUGGUGGCCCUGCUGGCUCUGUUGGCUCUAGCCCUUUUGCCCUGGCGUUGCCCUCCUGGCGCCCCCUGCCUGGCGUUGCUGGAUCUGCUGCUGCUCUCGGGCGCUACGCCUGUCCCGCAAGUGCGCAGUCCCUUCGCCCCGCGCGAGUCCUGGAGGCGCGCGGCGCGCACAGCCCCGGUGGCCGGUACCUUUGGGCUGCUGAGCGGAGCUCUGCAGGGCUAUGAGGUGCUUCACGCCCUGGGCUAUGGCGCCCAAGUGGGCUUGGAGGGGCCCUGGCCCUGGUGGGCUUUCCAGCUAGGGCUGCGUCUGGGCGAGGUGGGUGUAGCGCUCCCUUUGGCGUUGCUGGGUCUCUACCCCGCGCUCUGCAGCCCACGUGUGCCAAGGCGCUGCUGGGCCAAGCUCUUCCGAUUGUCGCCGGGACACGCUGCCCCGCUGCUGCCAGGAGGUUGGGUCCGGGGGACCCGGGACAAGGAGCCCCUGGGUAGCACGAUCGCGCGUGGGGACGCGGAGCUGCUGCAGCUGUGUGCCCUGGCUGGCCCAGGCCCCGAUCUCCUACUCCAGGGUGGCGGCUGCUUCUGCUUCGAAGGUGCUGGGGCCAAACCGACGCAAUCAACAGCCUCCUCCCCUAGCAGUGAUUGCACGGUGGACUUCCGCCCGCCUUCACCCAUCAACCUGCGGCGCAGCAUCGAGGAGGCCCUCUGCAGUGAGGCGCUGCUGGCUCCUGGCCUCUUUCAGGGCGCUGCCUUUGGGGAAGCCCUUCCUGGGGUCGGCCUCUACCGCACGAUCUCACUGGGCAACAAGACAGGGGCGGGACCCAGAGAGAGAUCGGAGAAGGUCCCUGGAUCUCCAGCACUUCCUGAGCUCCCUUCUCCUGGGGCCUGGCCCGCAGGCAGCAGCGCCUCAUCUGGCUCUCUGUGUGGACUCUCUCGGGACAGCUCGUCCAUGCUUCUGUGUUCCAGUCCUGACAGGCCCCCGCGCUGUCCCUUAGUCUGCGUCCUCAGUCCCCCGCGGCCCUCAGGAAGCAGCCCCAGUCUCCCAGCCUCAGGAUCCUACCAGGCCCUAUCCCCACCCUCCCUCGACUCCCCUGAACAUUCUUCUGAGCUGCAGGCUGAGGAGGCAUUGCUGCAAGAGCAAUUCCUGGAUGCCUGCCGACAGAUUGACGAGCUGAGCGUCGGCAGUGACACCAUAGACCUGUGAAGAGGCGGCUGUCUCACAGCCAAACCGUUUGCCCCCUUUUCUGGCUUCUCAUCUGCCCAAGACCUGCACACUGUAAUCAUUCCCCAAUUCUGCCUGGUUCAGAUACCUCUUUUUGAUUCCUCCUCAUCCAGGGGCCCCUGGGUGGGUAGGUCAGCAACCAGGCUCUGUGGAUUGGGAAUCAGUGCCGACUUCUCUGGAGCCGUGGGUGCUGACGACCCCAGCUGCAAUUUUAGGCUGGCAGGGUCUCACUUUCCUUGGCCUUCACCAGCAAUAAGCUCCAAGGUGCUCCACUCCUCACCCCCACCCCCACCCUCACCCUGGUGCUGAGUGAGACAGCUAAAUUCAGAAGACCUAGGGCCCUGUCUGGGCUCUAUACACACCUUGCCAUUCCCUUCAUGGAACCAUCCCCUGAAGAUGGCUCUGUGGCCCAUCCAAGAGACCUUACAGCAGCUGGUUGGGAAAUGGGCGUUUUCAGAGUCAAUGUAUCAAUAAAGUAUUUUCUGAGGAGAAUGUUCCCACCUUCUUGGAAAAGCUUAAAGGGGGAUACAACUUCAGCAGUUCCACCAGAAGUGAAAGUGGAGUGGUUCUGCCUCAGACUCCCGGGGACCUUCACACAAAAGUGAGGAUUCUUGUGGUGAGUGAGUUCUGAGAGCAGACCCUGGAAGCUGCUCAUCUGACUUUUU